AUGAAAAGCACUGUCAGUACGGCAGCUAACGCUCAAGUUGACUUCCUUAUUCAUAGUAUCGAACUAUCUGAUGAUAAGCCUGAAUGGAAAGACGUGAAGGUGGUCGCCGAGUUCACGAAACAGACUGACACAAGUGCAAGAAAAGCAAAAUUCACUCAACUAUCGAGGUAUGUGCGUGAAAUAUUUUGUGCACAACCCUUGCGGCGAUUUGUACAUUGCUUUUUCUUCUUGAAAACAAAAUUUGAACUCUGGAUAUUUGAUCGAACGGGCGCAUACAGCUCUGGCUUAAAAAGCAUCAUCAUUGAAAAGGAACUGUUCGUACGAGCCAUAAGCUCUUACUUGCUAAUGACUGACGAAGAUCUUGGCCUUGACUUGUCUACUAGUCAGGUCGGCGAAAAUACAUUUGUCACAAUAAAAGGAAGUAAUGAUGAUCCCACCUUACAAUUUCAAAUCGAGCCUAAGCCGAUUAUUCGACCGCAGAAAGGGUGUUCGGAAAUCGACUUUCUCAAAGUCGCACUUCCGGUACGCGGUGUCGUCAAUUAUAUAACAUCAGAUGAAAUAUAUCGGAAAAGUGACCACUUGGGAAGCUUAGAUUUUACCGAUGUUGACGCUUGGGACCUGAAGACAGAGACGUUUAUCAUAUCAAGGGGUACGCACUUGAUGCAACCGACUGUGAACCCAUGCAAUAGAGAUCGUAAACUCAUCAGGAUUGCUAUUGCACCUCGUGGUCAACCCCUGAAGACCAGCAAGACGACCCUUGAAUUUGUUGUCGGGAUUCGGGAUGCAAUCUUGGGCCACCGACGCUUGUAUGAUCAAGGUAUUCUACACGGCGACAUCUCGGAGGGCAAUAUAAUUUUGACAUCACCAACUGCAAAUGAUGAAUCAAAGGGGAUGUUGAUUGACCUGGACUACUCCGUCGGGCUAAUCGAAAGUCUGAAAACGGACGAUGAACUGUCUCUAACAGGCACCAUGAAAUUCAUGGCUAUCGAAAGAUUAGUAAAUGCGGUAGAAAAGGAGCCCACAAUCCAGCGUACUAUUCGGCACGACUUGGAAUCCUUCUUCUAUGUAUUCCUUGUAGGAUGCAUAGAAUUUGAAGUUGUCCCUGAGUCCAAAUCAUUCAACCUUGACAGCUGGUGCACAAAAUAUUUAAAUAGUAACUGUGUAACUAAGAUAGGAUAUAUCUCUGCUUUCGAAACCUUUGUUUUAAAGAAAUUCACACCAAGCUUUUUAGGCCUGAAGGACCUAGCAAAGAGCCUUAGAACGAUUUUAUUUGGUAAACAUGGCCACAACUUUACGACGCCUUACGACUGUAGCUUAAUGUACAAUGAAAUGAUUGAGGCGUUCAAUAAAACUAUUGAGCAGAUUACAGGUAAGAUAGAUUUUCGAUGA